CCUUUCUCCAACAUGUUGAAGCAUGAAAGAUUAUCUUACAAUGAAAUGCAUCAAAUUAAAAGCUGCUGGUGUCAACCAAUCGCGCAUUCAUCUGGUUGUUUGCGGUUGAUUUUGAGAUUGUCUGAUUAGUGUCAUGGUGCUACUUCCUAGCAUCUCCUGAUAUCUAUCUCUGCUUUUUGGGAGCAAUGUAACUAGACAUGCGUUCUUUAUAAUCCUAUUGGUUUUAUUCACUACAUGAUUUUCUAUGGUUGAGAAGAAGCGAGGGUUCUAGGCAAUACAGUCUGGAAUUUGAGGGGUGGCCUGUGCUCUCACUCGUUGUAAGCUGGGUCCGCCCCUGCCUCGGGAUGAAGUAAAGACUGAGGGGGGGGAGGGGUUUGGAGCCAAAGAAAAAAAUCCAUAUGAAGCAGUUUGGAUUGAGAGUUGAUCGAAGUUAUGAAAUAAUGUUCUAGGCAUUUUUUGGUCGUUUAAAAAAGUGUUCUAGUCAUUUUCCGGUUGUAAAAAAAAAGUAUUGUAGGCACAUUUUUUAAGAUUCACGCAUCGUAUGGAAGUGACUAAUUUUGUUUGUUAUAAUCUCCAUUCAAAAUUACUUGAUGCUUUGCACAGCCAAACUAAUUUGUAGGCUCGAAAACGUUAAUAGUGUUUACCGGAGGAUAAUAUUCAUAGGAUAUAUCUGUUACUAUUGUGCAUUGCCCUGCUGUGCAAGUGCAACACUAAGCCAAACAAAAUCCUUAAACAAGCAAUAAGCGAAACAAGACGGAAUUUUGGAAAAUGUGCCAUAGAAAAGACAAGAAAUUUGUUGGAAACAAGAAGAAAUUGAACAAUUUUCAAAAAAAAAGAAAUUCAACAAGAAGAAGACGUUAUAAACAGGCGUGAAAAAGAAAAACGGUGUGCGCUCCGGCGGCGGCGGUGAGCCGCAGCAACGGUCUCCUCACCUGAGCAACAAGAAGACCUGCAGGUGGAGUGACUGGCCGUCGCUGACGACGCAGGCCUCUGACUGGAGACUCCCCGGACACAGCUCCCGAAGCGAGAGCCCUCGCCACGUCAUCACUCUCCGACGCGUCAGAGGAAGGAGGACCGAGCCCGCGCCUCCCCCCACCUCCCGUUGCCCGCCCCCCACCCCCGUGCAUCCGCCGCCAUGGGCCGCCGCGCGCCCUCGUCGACGAGCUCGCCUGAGCUGCGGCGCAAGCGCACGGCGGCGCCGGCCCCGGAGCCCCCCACGCCGCGCCGCUUCCGCUCCAUGGCCGACGUCAUGCGCCGCUCGCGCCCCGUCGGCGCGCCGCCCCCCGUCGCCCGCGCGCGCGAGGAGGCCGCCUACGACGCCCUCCUCUGCGACACCUGCGGCUCCGGCGACCGCGACGACGAGCUGCUCAUCUGCGACCGCUGCGACCGCGGCCGCCACACAUUCUGCCUCCGACCCAUCGCCGCCAAGGUCCCCAUCGGCCCAUGGUUCUGCCCCGACUGCGCCCCGCCCGCCAAGCCCGUCAAAGGGUUUCCGAUGAAGCAGACCAAGAUCGUCGAUUUCUUCCGGAUUCAGAAGGAUGACCAGGAUGGCGUGCCCGCGAAAUGUAGGCUCUCCCAAGAUGUCAGAAGGCGAAGGAAGCGUUCUCUCGUUAUGCACAAGAAAAGGAGGAGGAUACUGCCAUUUGUCCCAACUGAAGACAGAGCUAGAAGACUGAAACAAAUGGCUUCUCUGGCCACUGCUUUGACAUCUUCAAAAACGGAGUUCAGUAAUGAGUUGACUUACAUGCCCAAUAUGGCUCCUAGAUCUUCCAAUCAGGCAAGAUUGGAGGACGGUGGUAUGCAGGUUCUUCCCAAAGAGGACAAAGAAACCAUAGAGCUGUGCAGAACCAUGCAACAAAGAGGCGAAUGCCCUCCACUCCUUGUGGUCUUUGAUUCGCAUGAAGGUUUCACUGUGCAGGCUGAUGCCGAUAUUAAGGAUAUGACCUUCAUCGCUGAAUAUGUUGGGGAUGUUGAUUAUUUGGAGAACAGGGCAAACGAUGAUUGUGACUGUAUUAUGACACUCCUUUUGACAGCAGAUCCUUCCCAGAGGCUGGUCAUUUGCCCCGACAAACGUGGAAACAUUUCUCGCUUUAUUAGCGGCAUCAAUAACCACACACCGGAUGGCAAGAAGAAGCAGAAUGUCAAAUGUGUGCGGUAUGACAUUGAUGCGGAGAGCCAUGUCUUGCUGGUGGCCUGCCGUGAUAUAGCUUGUGGUGAAAAGCUAUAUUACGAUUACAAUGGAUAUGAGCAUGCGUAUCCCACUCAUCAUUUCCUCUAACCACCCCUAAAAUUUUGACCCACCCAGCAGUAAGGAGGCUGGGCAAAAUAGUGCUUAUUGGCAAUAUUUCCAGCAUUGCCACCAAAAAAUCCAAUAACUUAUUAUACUGCUCAUUGGUACAAAUGACAGGUUUGAUCCAAUUUUCGGAAGAGAUCCUAAUGACGGAAAUUGAUAGGUGCUGGUGACUGGUAGAAGUAACUCCCUAAUUCAGUUAUGGAGCCAAGAGGAAUCUUCAUUGUUCCUGCUCUCAAGAUGCAUCUUCUCAUUCUUUUUAUUUUAUUCAGGGGUUCUGAUUUCCAAUCCCUUUCGUGAGAGUAAAUAGUUGUCUGUGUGUCUCCAAUUGUGAGAAUGCCUGUAGUGAAGCUAACUGUUGCUGAUUAAAGGGUCAUUUCGAGUGGAUAGAAUUGUUUUCCCUUCUAGUACCUCUGUCACCAUGCUGACGAUCGAUCAAUAACGGAAGAAAACACUUUUCACUUUUCA